AUGACCGCUCAACAAACUUUAAUUCCUCCUGUAAUUUGGGCACAACGUAAUGAUGUUGUAUAUGUUACCAUUUGUGUAGAAGAUAGCAAAAAUCCAGAUAUUAAAAUUGAAACUGAACAGAUAGUUUUCCACAGUGUUGCUGGCUUGGAACAGAAAGUAUAUGAUAUUACCAUACCGUUAUAUGGAGCAGUAGAACCUGAAAAUAGCAAAACAACAGUUGGUGGUAGAUACAUUGAACUGGUUUUGAAAAAGCCAUCUACUGACACCAAGUAUUGGCCACAAUUAACCAAAGAGAAAAAGAAAUACCACUGGUUAAAAGUUGAUUUUAAGAAAUGGAAAGAUGAAAGUGAUUCAGAAGACGAAGCUGCAGCAGCAGGUGGUGGUGGUGGAGGAUUGGGUGGAGAUGGUGGAAACAUUGAUGACAUGCUCAGUAUGAUGGGCGGAGGUGCUGGUGGCCCUAAGUUUGGAGGCUUAGGAGGAGGCCUGGGAGGAGACUACAAUAUACCUUCUGAUGAAGAUUCAGACGAUGAAGAAAUGCCUGAACUUGAUGACAUUGAAAGUGAAACUGCGGGCAAAGGAAAAGAGAAGAGUGAAGAAACCCUGCCUAGCCUUGAAGAAGUAAAACCUAAAACAACUGCCUAA